AUUGUCUUCUUUUUUUUCUCUUUCCCCAGGUUUCUGGCUGGAAAGGGCCUGGUGAUCUACCCAGACAUCGGGGACAAACUGGACAUCAUCUGUCCCAAAGCGGACCAAGGCAGAGACUAUGAGUACUACAAGCUGUACCUGGUGAAGAGGGAGCAGGCGGAGAGCUGCAGUACCGUCCUCGAUCCUAAUGUCUUGGUCAACUGUAACAAGCCUGAGAAGGACAUCAAGUUCACCAUCAAAUUCCAGGAGUUCAGCCCAAACUACAUGGGCCUGGAGUUCAAGAGGAACGUCAACUACUACAUCACCUCAACCUCCAAUGGCACAGUCGAGGGCCUGGAGAACCGGGAGGGAGGUGUGUGCAAGAGCCGAGCCAUGAAAGUCAUCAUGAAAGUCGGGCAAGUCCCAAACGCAGCGAACCCUGUGGCGCCGGAGGCUCCAGAAGACAACGCUAUACCGGAGUCCAGCCCCAGUCCGCCUGGCCAGGGUCGGAUUGGACCAGAGAUGCCAGGAAACCCUGACCACAUGAAUCAGGACCAGUCUGGUUCCUCUGCAAACUCGGACAGUAUCCUCAGCUCCAAAGUGGCUGUGUUCUCUGCCAUCGGGGCCGGCUGCAUCAUCUUCCUCCUGCUCAUCCUUCUCCUCAUCAUCCUGCUCAUCAAGAUGCGCAAGCGCGCCAGGAAAAACGCCCACUCGCAGCCCCGCCCCUCAGCGCUGUCACUCAGCACGCUGUCCAAUCCCAAGCUACCCGGGGGCACGGCUGGCACGGAGCCCAGUGACAUCAUCAUUCCGCUGCGGACAGAGAACAACUACUGCCCUCACUAUGAGAAGGUGAGCGGCGACUAUGGCCACCCUGUCUACAUUGUCCAGGAGAUGCCGCCGCAGAGCCCUGCCAACAUCUACUACAAAGUCUGACACGCUCCGCACAGCCAGCGACACAGUCAGGAGAGAGGAGCGCUUGAUUUAAGUUCUUGGGAAGAACACUUUCCUUUGCAUUUUUGGGACUUGAUGCUUCUUCAAGCCCGUGUUAUUUCUACCACCUGCUGCACAAAUCUGGAGAGACACGCACUGACCAAUAACCAGCGGGGUUGUGAGCUGACUAAUGAGAGAGGUUUAUUCUGUUUGUUUGGGUUGUCUGCCCCCCUCCACCCUCCCCCCGUCCUCCCCUCACCUCCCACUGUCUACAUCUCCCUGCUGUGGUCCAACAGGGGGGCGGGGUUGGAGCGAACCAACAGAUGGAACUCUUAGCUUCCUGGUUCGCUGUCCCCUUUAACGGGCAGGAUGUAACUUAUCUCAGUUCCCUGAAGUACAGUCUGAGCUACACCCAAUUAAACACACCAUCCUAGCACACUAGCCAGGAACAGGCAGACACAGGCCCCAGAUGCCACUCAGCCUGCAGUUUGUGUGCAAGCAUAAAACGUGUGUGUGUUUCUGUGUUUCUGUGUGUUAGUCAGGGCUCCACGCUGGGCCAGGAAACUCUCCAGAUAGCUCAGGUAUCAGACACAGUGUGUGAAAUAAUGUGUUCCUCUCCCUUCGCACCUCUGAUGUUUGCCUUACUUACUAUUUUUGAUGGAGGAUUUCCUCAAACCCUGAUUCAGUUCACAAAGCAGUUGUAUUUUGUUAGAUUUUUCCUACAAGUGCACAAUGUAUAGAGUUGAAUAGAUCAUCGUUAUUACUCCAUCUUCUCACUCAUCCAUUGCGUUCAUGUUUUUCCUGAGAAAGUACCUUGACCUGGACUGUUGAUGUUGAGGUGUGUAUGUGUAUGUGUGUGUGUUCCUGAAUACUUCCUUCUCCACUGGUCUGAUAUGAGCUUAACCAUUACUCUGGUAUUUAUGACCUGCUUGUGUGCAUUUGAGGGUGUGUCCUUUGUGUGUGUGUGUGUGCGUAUGGGCAUGUCCAAACUAGUCUUGUAUCUGGGCAGACUUCUUGGCUUAGGGGUAGAAUACCACGUUACUGUAUUGCAAGCUUCAAACACAAGACGGACAGACUGGCAAGCCGACAGACAGACAAGAUCUUACAAAACCCCUCCAUUGCUCCAUUUGGCACUGAUUGAAGGUUUUAUGUGUCUGCUGAGUUUUCAGGGGGAUGGUUUUUAAGACAGCAGGCAGGUUGAUAUUUGUUUGUUGUGGCGUCUGGUGCUACGGUGUAAGCAUCAAACAGUCAGUUUGGUGCCUGCUGCCUGGGCGAGGUGGGCGUAGUUUGGAUGGUCGGCACUGAUUGGCUGGCCUACAUAGGUAGGAUGCCCUAUAUAUAAGUUGGAUGGCGAGCUACGGCUGAACAUUGGGAUACAGUAUUGUCAGAUGCCAAUUGGCUGCCAUCUGUGGAUGAGUCAGUGGAGUGCGCAGUGAGUGGCGUCGCCAGCGUGUGACUAAUCUAUGUGCCAUCUCUGUGCCCACACUCACCAGCCGGGGAGGAGAGAGAGCGAGAGUGGCGGAUAAAGGAGAAAAUGUUCCUGCGACUUGGCUUUAACCUGAGAGGAAGAUGGUGGUGUGGAUGGAGUGGGGGGGGGGGGGGGUGAUGAUGGGUGAGGGGGGGGGGGGGGGGGGGGGUGAUGAUGGGUGAGGUGGAGGGUGGAGGGUGAAGGUAGUUUAGUAUUAAUUUUUCCAUCCUCUCACCAGUUGUGCUGUGAAUAAAAAUGCUGUGCAGAAUAUUCCACAGUCAAGGUGUUCAGCCAGCGAGGACACUGCAGCUCAGCUAUCACACAGCCCAGGGCAGCAGCACGGAGACAGGAUUUACUGCAGCUGGAUGUGUGCACAUGUGCACAUUGACGCUCACUUUUGGUGGUGGGGGUGCAGGGUUUGACUCUGUCUGUGUGCACAUGUAGGUGUUUCUAUAUGUGAGUGUGCGUAUUUGUGCUUAUAUUUGCAGUUCUUCUGCAUGUGUUUGUGUGUGUGUGUUUGUGAAUGCUUCUGUGGUCGAGCAGCUGAACAGACUUGUUAUUGGGACUGGAACUAGGUGCUCCAAACAGCGUUGCUGCCAAAGUAAGGAGUGCCGCAGUCCCGUUUAAUGAUGUGUGAGAGGAGAGGGGAGCAGAUAAGGACAGCUAUUCCUCAGCACGCAGACACGAGCUGACGUUUGACGCACAUGUGCACACACACGCACAGACACGCCAAGACUGACGGGUCCAGGUUUAUUUCCAGUCAAACGGUCAGACUGCCAGUUAAUGUUUAUUCACCGGCAGAGACACCUAUUACCCGCUGCCACAUACUAUUGCCAUCCACGGAUAUACACUGCUGAGUUAAAAGGCAGCCCAGCUUGAAGACUUGGGGAAGACUCCAGUGGCUUUUUGUGUGUCGUUAACCUCAAAGUUAACAACCUAAACAGCUGCUCGUACUUUUGUGGUCCUGUGUUUUAACUCAGCAUGCAGCCCUCAGAGGCCCUCUGUGAAACACAUCUAGAUCAAAUAUUUUUGUUUCGGAUCAGUGCGCAUCCAUUCACCUACACCAGCCUGGGGAGUCAUUACCAAAUUACCACAAACCAUAUCUCAUUUUUAUUCAUUCUAGUGACCACUUAAUGUUAUUCAAAUUUUGGGGGAUAAAAAAAAAUGAAAAAGAGAGAGACAUGUAAAUAUAUGGAUAGAGCCCAAUUUAAGAUGUAAUUUCACCUGAACACUGCUCAUAAGAAAAACUUUAAGAUUAGAUUUUUGUAAUGGAGGAUGUUUGUAAAUAGCUGUCUUUCUAAAGUGUGUUUUGUAUGAAUCCUUGCAUUUUUGUCUCUUGUUUGCAAUAUGUUUUUAUUUUCUUUUUGUUUAGUGUUAAAUUGAAUAUUGCAAUGAACACAUGAGCUGUCAUUUUUUUGCAGCGUCCGGUAUUGUCAAAAAGUGUUACCACACGUGUUAAAAACAAACGGGGCUCAGAGUUUUUACAUCGCCAUUCAGCAGGAUUCUAGUUGCUCAGAAACUGUUCAGGACUGAAGCUUUGUCACAGAGGCGGCUUUGAAAUGGAUAGGUCAUUGAAACUAUGAAUGAUAAGGCGCUUUCCCUGUUGGAAACAGCACUUAACACUGCAUAUGAAGACUGUGUAAUUCCACUGCCUUUGAGUUACCUACACCUUCCACUCUAUUAUAAGAUGUAACAAAAACAUUUUGGUCCAGAAAGAUGAAUCUUUUCCCAGUUUUAAUAAGUCUACUGGGCUAGACGGGGGGAGAGAGAGAGAGAGAGGGAGGAAAAAAAGACAAAAGGGUCUACGUAUAAGAGUGUGACUAUGCUGCGCUCACCAAUAAAUCAUCCGGUUUACACCACUCAUUAUCUCCCAGGCGGUCCUUUGUUUUAAAGUUGCUCUCUCCCCUCCUUUCUUAAUUUAGCACAAGGAUGUCGCUCAUGGUAUGAGCCUCACUGUAGGUUGAUUUCUGCUAUUGUUAAAAGCCACAGUAUUAUUUUUCAAUGUGCAUGUGUAAGCAAAACCUGUUGAAUUUGUUUCCCUUUGUUUGAAUCAUAACUGUCAAGUUUCAAUAUUUUAUUUCAUUUUUUGCCAUUCACUUUUUCGCCGCUUCUCAGCGUAAACUAUUGGCACCAGCUACAAUGGAAAUAACGUUCCACCAGUUUGGAAACUACCGCAUAUUGAUAAAUAAAAUUUUUCCCAUGGAACUUG